AUGCCGCAGAUUAGGAAACGCUUAUCUAGCUUUGAUCACGCGUUGAGAGAUCUCGUCGCCUACACCUCCGCCAGCCGUUAUUCAACUCCCAAGGAUUUUAUCGAAGGCGUCCUCCUUAUCACACCGGACUCCCUUUGCUUCGACGCGUUGCGUACUGCGAUCGCUCAGAAACGUGCCUACUUGCACGCGCAUCGUUCUUCCCGUACUUCCUCGUUGGACGCUCAUGAUCAAUCGGUCGCGGAGCCGCUCAUUUGUACUCCAAAGGUAACCAGUACCGACGAUCCUCCUGCCAAAACUGUUGAUUCUGCCGAAAACGACAUCGCAAGUGGCAGUCAUAGUCCUCCGAUCAGUCCUUCCGCAGCCGACAACGUUCCUCAGAUCCCUAAAGAGUUGCUCGAGCUGGGUCUUUGCAUUCCCUUGGACCUAUUCGCCUCUAUGUCUACUCUCCGAUUCCUUCCGGCGUCCAAUCUAAACGAACAUAAUACCAAACAAUGGACUCUCACCGGCACCGGAACUUUAGAUAACCACUUUGCUAAAAUAUGUUUGAGUGUGUGGACGCUCGGUCACCUACGUAGACGGGACAAAGAGGAAGUGACCGAACACAUCCCGGUGUGGCUUAAGAAAGCAAUGGAGGACAAGCUUGAGAUCGUUACGUCAUCAACUGAGCGGAAAAGACUAAUAUAUCGGAUUGCACAACACCCUUUUGAACAGAAACAUUGUAUCACUCCAGCCCACGCAUUCCAGGUCAUCUACAACGCAACAAACGCAAAGUGA